GAAAGAUGGGACAAAAUACUAUGUACACCAUUACAUGAAGAUCACCCCUCCUUCAUGCUUGACUACAAGUGCACAAGCUUUGCACCAUGGCUGGAACACCAAUCAAGGUACCAGGAAAAUAUACUCGAGAUUCCAGUAAAUCUGCCGUCCUAGCAAGAAAGAUUCUGGUAUGGGUUUUGAUGUUAAAAGCAAAUGCUGAAUGUGAAUGGAUUUUGUUAACCUCAAAGUGUAGAAACGACCUCGCGGCAGACCUCUCAAACAACAAUCCUCAAAGCUCGCAUCGCAUAUUUCACAAUCUUUGUCUACUACCGCUCGAGAAUCAAAAGUCCGCACUAUGAGGAAUAUCAAGUCGAGGCGCAACAUGUCGCAACUCGAGAAAUUGCCAACGGAGCUUCUCGAGGCGAUAUUCUUCUACUGCUUAAACCUCAAUUUCCCGGUAUGCAGUCCAAUUAUAGGAGGAAAGCUAAGCGGAGAGUCUGUCUACAGCAAGACCAUUAUUGCUGCUUUUGAUCCAAUCUGGGAUGGGUGGUAUGGACAAUCGAUUAUUCCUAAUUCGAGUUUAGAAAUGAAUCAUACUGGUAGUGGCAACCUACGGGUAAGCCCAAACUCUAUGGCUGAGUGGGAUUUGACUGACAAUAUGCAUUCAGUCUGCAAUUUUGAAACGUCGUUGGGCAAGGGUACCUGUACUUAUCCGAAGUCAAGAUUUAUGGGUUCGAAAAUACGCACAAGGACGUCCAUUCCCGACCACCAUUAUACAGCGUCUGUGGAAUGGGCCGUUUGGAAAUGACAUCUGUGGAAGUGGUAUUAAAGAUGUUGAUCCUAAGACUGUUUCGGCAGUUCACUUAUUCGACAAUGAUUUUGCCAAAUUUUGUUAUAUCUUCCGACGGGCAGAGCAAACGUCAGAUUUCAUCAUGAAAAUCAAGCAUCUUUCGGGUGCCAUGAUGUAUGAUCAUGUGAACAUGGCCACAGGUACAGAGAUACCUAAUACGCUGUUGGUCGGCCCAUGGGAUGAGGAGGCUAUCAAGUUCUUAUAUUGGUUAGUUAUGGGAGGAGCACGUAUUGAUUGGCUCACAUCGACGAGUGGAGAGGUAUUAUUCUUAAUGAAUCACUUGUGUGUUAGGCAGCCAGCUAAUAAGAACCUAGGCAGCUAUAAUUGGAUAUAAGAGAGCUGUUCGGGAGUCCAGGAUCGAGGUCAUCUACCUCCUAUUGCUUGCUGGUAUAAAGGAUAAGCUUGAUGGUGAUAUCAUCCAAUAUGUACUCGAAAAUGCGGAAGCAAACCGGUGUUUUACCACCAUACUGAUGAUGAUGUCCCCUGAGCGUAUUUUACCCUCACUUCUGUUGGACGAGAUGCUCGUCUUCAAAAAUAGUCAUGAACAUGAGAAUGAUUUUGAAAAGCAUAUGUUGAUUGAGGAAUUAUUUGCUUGGUUUGAAUAACGGUAUGGGAGUUCCAGGCAUAUUCAUAUGUUUUUGUAUGAUGAUAGGAUGGACGAUGGCAUUUUGAUUAUUUUUCAUAUUCUAAGUCAAUAGUUAAUGCUAGGUAGUACUAUUUAUUGUACCUCCGUGAUGUUUC